UGAUAAACUCUGGAUUCUUAUAGAACGUUGGAAAAAUAAAUAACUGCGCGUAACAAGAAUCGACCGAAAGAACAUUUUUGUAUUUCACAAUAUUUUCCAAUUUUCCUGGUGAAAAGAAAUUUUUCGUUUUUAAAAUUCGCAAUCAAUCGAUACAAUGUCAUCAUUGACCAGAGUAUCACGCCUUUUGCAAGCUCCUUUGAGACGUGUUCAAAGUAUUCCCGUCGCAUUAUAUCACGAGAAUGUGGUUGAACACUACGAAAAUCCACGUAAUGUUGGUUCUUUAGAUAAAAAAGACUCGACAGUUGGCACAGGUCUUGUGGGUGCUCCAGCCUGUGGCGAUGUGAUGAAAUUGCAAAUUAAAGUCGAUGAAAAUGGCAAAAUCAUCGAUGCUAAAUUUAAAACCUUUGGCUGCGGCUCAGCCAUUGCCAGCAGUUCUUUGGCCACCGAAUGGGUUAAGGGCAAGACCAUCGAUGAAGCUGGCAAAUUGAAAAAUACCGACAUUGCUAAGGAGCUGCGCUUGCCUCCCGUCAAAUUGCAUUGCUCAAUGUUGGCUGAGGAUGCCAUUAAGGCGGCUUUGGCCGAUUACAAAGUCAAGCAACAAAAGAAGAAGGACGACAAGUAAAUUGUGAAAUAAAAAUCUAGAAAAUUCAACCUCAAAAAGGAGAACGAAAUUUUUAUUUGAUCUUUCUUCAGAGCAAAACAAAAAAAAAAACGAAAAUUAUCUAGUUAUUUAGUACUCAUAGUGUAUGCGUAGUUACAAAACUUGUUGACAAAAUAUUUUUGUAGAAAAACAAAAAAAUGAAAUGUGUAUAAAAGAAGGGCUUUCGUGGAAAGUUUUCUUUAAUGCUAACUAUUUAAGAUGAAUAUACAUUAAGGAUUUUUUUGAUGAUGAUGAAGAAGAUGAAAAGCUUAAGUCUGAUUUAAGGAUGUACAGAAAACAGAACGUUGUCAUAUUUGAUAUGCCACUUAUAUAUGAAAAUCGUUUUGCAUAGAAAUAUACGCAAAUACUUCAACUUUUCUUCAUAAUAAGCCUGACAAAAUAAAACAAAA